AUGCUGGGGAUGAUAAGAUUUGCCGCGAGGAGAGCGGCGAUUUGUCCGUCUCGCGCGGGGAUUUUGAGCCAGAACGUUCGCUCCGCAUCGUCCAAGGCCGCUGAUGGAGUUGCUGACUUUUUGGCGUCGGUCAACGGCAAGCCAGAGGGCCGCGAACAGGCUGACAGCGAGGCCAAGGCUUGGCUUGAAGCCAUGAAAGAACUACGGGAUGAGUUCCGCCCCGAUAACGAGCCAUACAAGCCCAGCAAAGUUUUUGCACCCGAGGGAUCUCGCGACUAUAAUAUUCUCAUCGAUGCGGCCAACAAAGAGGCCGAGACGUUCGAGCCUACGCUUGCCCAGAUCGCUCAGUUCGAGGCACUCAAAGACAAAGCUAUUGCCCCCAUGAUGGAUGAAACAAUGGAGUACUUGGUUGGUGUCAUCACUCGCCAUGGGAAAAAGGCUCGGGCCCGCCGAUAUCUUAGCGAGGCUCUUUACUUGGUCUACUUGCAGACUCGCCAGGACCCCGUCAAGCAGCUGAAGCAUGUUCUUGAGAAAAUGGGCCCACUCAUCCGCAUGAAACGCUUUUCAGAUGGUGGUGCCCGCGCAGAGCUUGUACCGCUGCCUCUUUCAGAGCGCCAAAGAAUGCGUCAAGCUUGGGACUGGAUCCUCGAGGCCUCAGACCGACGCCAAAGCCGCUCUUUCUCCGUUCGGUUGUCCGAGGAGAUUUUAUCUGCUAUUCAGGGCAAGAGUCCUGGAUUCGAGAAGAAGGUCACCGUGCACAAGACGGCCAUCACCAACCGUGCUUAUAUCUCGCUCUUGAAAUAACCAACAUAUAAAGAGUAUUGUAAAUAAUCAAAAUAACAUUUAUAGCACAAAGUUUAGGGAGACGAAGGGGCGUCCUUGUCCUUCUUCUUCUUGCGUUUCUUCUCACCCUCACCCUUGCGUUUCUUUUCAGAAGCUUCAGCUUUGGGUUUCUUCUCCGGGCUAGCUGGGGGUUCCUCCUCAGCAUCGGACG